AUGACACAUCGUAUAAUCCCUCAAAUUCCUUAUACAUCUAUAUCUUCUCUCAGUCCAUCAGAAUUGGAUUUAGAGUUUGUAGGAUGGAAUUUGAUUUUUUGGAAAGGAUGGUUUGGAUAUUUGGGUUUGCUAGGUUUAGGUUUAUGGCAUGGUUCUUUUGGGUUGAAAAGGGUUUAUGGAUGGUUUGGACGAUUAGGAGGGUUGAGAGGGAUCGGGAGAGCAGAAGGGAUGGGAGGAUCAGGAGGGUCGAGUGUAGUUGAAGAAAUGGAGGAUUCAGAUCAGUCGAGUGUAGUGGGAGGGACGGAAGGAUCAGAAAGAUCUGGCAUAGUGAAUGAAUCGGAAAAGACAGAAGGGAAUGGAGUGACGAAAGGGACGAUUUUACCAACAGGUCCGAUGGCACAGGAUGAAGAGAAGACAAGUACAAGCACCGACCAAAAAGAGAGAAGAGUAUUGAAGAAUAAAGGGGAAGAAACCGAUUCAACAGAUUUGAAACACGAACGGAUAGAUGGAAACAAGUCAGAGUAUAGGAUGUUGAAAUGGAUUGAUAUCAACAGAGAUUGA